UUACUUCGAAAAUUCAUACUAUACCUACCCAUAAUACCAAGAAUUGUGUAUAAUCUAUGAUUAAGUGGUCGAAUCCAGAAAUGCCAGAAAGUGUGAACUUGGUGAGAUUUGUAGUACGGUACCUAUGUAAUGUACCUAUAUAAAGUAAUAAGAAAAUACCCUAAGCUACUUGUAAUAUUAGACAGUGAUGUGCAAAAAGGGCGCAGAAAAUAAAAAAAAAAUGAUAUAUUUCAUUUGCUUUUGAGAUUUUCUGCAUCAUCUAUGUUACAUACAACAAAUGAAUUGAAAACUGCAUUACGAUAAUGGAGUCACCACCGUUCUCGACACAGUCCGAAGCGCCUCCUUUAAGUGAAGACAGUGGAUUACUGAUUACAAGUGGUUCGUUUUCGAGCGACUCAGCUAGCGGAUGGCAUUACGUUGCUUCUGAGCUGCAAGAAAGUGACUUUGAUGAAAAAUCUCUGUCACUUUGUGAAUCCACAGAAACAUCAGAACGUAUGUGUGACUUUUUUAACACUGUUAAAAAAGGUCCUGGCAAAGUAAUUCUUACAACAAUAGAACCACCUCCAGAGUUUCAGGAUAAUCCUGAAGAGAAUGCUGAAGCAAAAACAUGCACCACUGUCAAUAUACUGUCUCAACCUGCUGCAUCCAUUGAAAAUUCCUCGAAGAAUUUAAAAACUCAAAAUUUAGAUGUAGCUGCUAAUAUAAAACAUGUUUCACCAAUUUGCUCUAAAAAAUCAAAGCCAGAAAUGAUGUAUGAGCAUCGUCAGUGCUUAAAUCACAGAUUUUCCAGUCCUAGGUUACUGCAUCUUAGUCCAUGCCGAGGAACUCGCCCUUCAUCUAGAAGCUCAGUUUCCUCGCGUUUAUCGAGUAGUCAUAACUCACUUGUAACUCAGUUUCAAAUUGACGACUCUAACUUCAUAACACAAGCAAUAUCACAUGAUACACUUUCCACUGCAACUACAGAUAUAACAGACAUGUACAAUGUCCCUUUUGAUAGUGAUAUUUACGCAGUGCCAAUCGAUAUGAUUCGUCCAGGUCAGUCAAAUAUAAAACAUAAAAGCAAGAAAACAAACAGAAGCAAUAAGAGACGAGUCAGAGUGAUAUCACAAAAUACAAGCAUCCCUCAUGCUUCUAUUGAAAAACAUCACAAAGCAAAGGAAUCCGUUAGACACAAAGAAAUCAAAAUUAAAAGACACAGUUUGCCCAGCUCUUCUUACAAACGAAACAUUGUGGAGUCAGACACAGACUCCCUCCAACUAACUCUGCGUGAAAUGAGAAAAUAUUUACACACACUUUAUUCUAGUUCCAGUGAUUCAGAAUGUAGGAACACUGUAAGCAGGAAAAAUAAUACAGUUAUAACCAGUGUUGGAGUACAUGCAAAGCAUGUAAACAAAGAUGCAAACUCUAACAUGUUUCACAAAGACAGCAAUGAAAUAUCCAAAUCUAAUGAUCCCUACAAUCAGAGGAAAUCAACUAAAAAUUCUUGUGGGACUAACAUGAAAAGUAAAAAGCAAAAAGAUAAUUUAGCAAAAGAUAUUGAAGUUGACAAAACUGAAAAACCAACUAAGAAAAAUGCAUCAAAUCCAACUCAGAAACCGAAAAUGUCGACAGUCAGAAUCCUUUCAAUUAAUUUAAAACAGAGUUUCUGUAAUUUAUUUCGCUGGCGAAGGCAACCAGUCGUUGAUAAUGUGACUGAAGUAGAAAGACUUGGAAAACAAGGAAAAAUUGAUGAAUCACCUCCAGCAGCUGUCCGUCGAGCACUGCCUCCACUGCCUCAAACACCACACACCUCCCAUGCUUCUCGUAGAGCGACUAAUGAUGAAGAAACAAUUAUGGAUUUUGCUAAAUCCAUUCAAAAAGUGAAAGAUUAUGGCUGGUAUUGGGGUCCUCUUUCUGUAGAAGCUGCUGAGAAAAUACUGUCUAAUGAACCUGAUGGUUCAUUCAUAGUACGUGAUAGUAGUGAUGAUCACUAUAUUUUUACUUUGACAUUCAAAUUAAAUGGACUUAGGCACGUAAGAAUUGAACAUGAUCAGGGUAAUUUUUGCUUCGGUGGUUGUACAAUGUUUAAAGCACAAACGAUAGUCGAAUUUAUUGAAAAUGCUGUGGAAACAUCUCGCAGUGGCCGCUAUUUAUUCUUCCUAAACUUGAGACCAGUUCUUGGCCCAGUUCGUGUGCAACUUCUUUACCCAGUGUCAAGAUUCAAGCGAGUACAAAGCCUACAACAUAUGUGUAGGUUUGUGAUAUUGAAGUACGUACGCCGUGAUCUUAUUAGCAGCCUUCCACUGCCAAGGCGCCUCGUCGAUUAUUUGAGCGCCACUCAUUAUUACUCUGAGCUUCUGGCCGACAUUUAAAUAUGUCAAAUUAAAAACUAAAGUUAACCAAAUCGUACGAAAAUGUAUUUAGAUACGAUCGAUAAUGGAAUUUAAUUUUUAUGUUGCGCUUCAACAUCACCUCAACCUUAAAAGUUGUAAAAUAUUUUACGCUAGUGAUAUUUAUUUUUUGUAACGUUUUUUUUUAUCGUAAAUUUUGUUACUUUAUUAUAACGUUGAACGCGAUUUUUCUGCUUUGUACUCAAAAAAUAAAAUGCAACUUUUGUCAAUUCUCCAAAGUUAAGGUAGUUGGAAGCAAUAUUGAAUAAACACUUUAAAUCAGAUUUAAAUACAAUUAUGUAUAAUUUAUCUGAAACGAUAUAAAUGUCUAAAAUCGUAGGUAGUAAACCGAGAAACCCGUAUCUUAGUGUGAAAUACGCCAAAUGAUAAAUCUUUGGUCAGUGAAAAGAUUUGUUUAUGAAUAUGUACUUUCUCAGAGAAUGUCUUUGAACUUUCGAAGUAAUGAACGAGGAAGCUUCUUGAGGGUAGCGGUCCAAACUCUAUUGAAUGUUAGUGAUAAAUGUGACGGUUAUAUUAGUGUUUAGCGUAAUCUACAUCGUUCUGUCAAUUUUGAAAUCAAAUAAUAUUCUUGAAUAUUAUAUUUUUACAAGCACCUUACUAGUUCUACGGAACGACAACAUUCGUAUAAGAGACAAUUAAUAUAAAUCACCUAUGUAUUUAUGAUACUAAAGCAGAGUCAAAUUGUUUUUUACCGGCAUCAAUGGAUUAUCGUCUGUGUAAAAAUUCACGAGGAAUCCGUUUAGAUCAAAUUCAUCGACAAUAAGAUGCUAAAGUGUAGUGUUUAAAUAUGUAACCUCCGUCUCGUAGACCUUCUAUGAAUGAGCUUGCAAAAGAAGCAAUCGAGUCGUUGUAAGGCACCGGAAAUCUGGGUAUCGUGAAUGUGACGUGCGUUGUUUUGGAAAGAUUUAUAUGAGAAUUUAGAUUCGAUGUAUUCGUAAUAAGAAUGAGAACUCGUUUAAACAUGAGAGUUUCAUUCGCUGUGAUGUUUACAAGAUACAGAAUAAUGCGAGCGGUACUCCGUGAAAUUUUCCGAAAAAUUUGAUUAUGCUAACAUUAAAUUAAUUUAGUUCGUGACAAGGUAAAUCACCAAAAUGUAAAUGAAUUGAAUAUCAUACGUGGUAAUAAAUCAAUGAUCGAUCCGUUUUUGAUUUACGAUAUUUUUGACGAAAAUUCACAUUUUUUUAACUUUGCUUAUUAUUAUAGCAUGUAUUUGAGAAAGAAAAUUUUUACUUGUUUACAAUAUGAAUAUCCCCGGAUGUUGAAAUGCUAUUUGGUUUACGCGACAUUUAUCGUUGUAAUUAAAGGUUCGUUUUAUUUGUUUUUAGUAUCAACAAUUCGAUAUUUUUAAUCAAACUUCAAUCAAUUUUACCCCAUUCAAAUAGUUGAAGAAUUUUUUUUGUUAUGAUAUUUUUUUCAAAUUUUAAACUUUAAAUGGCUCCCCUGUAAACUUGCAAAAAUGUCGGUUAAACCGAAUAACUUUUCGCCCUUCGACUUGUUAAAUGGUUUCAAUGAAAUUUCUGGAAGCGAUGUUAAAUUAAGAAGGAAUGUAGCACGUAACAUAGUUUAGGAAGUCGGAUUAAAUUUUUUUUUGUCCGAAAAUUGAGAAUGUGCGUUUCCGAUUGAACGUGUCACAAUUCUAGAGUCCACGCGUGUGAUGCAAGCCCAGCUAGUAAGGUAUUUACGAAACGGUAGAGUACCAAAUCUUUUGGAAAAAAAUCAUAACUAAACAACAAAUUGUAAGCAAUAUUACAACGACUGCCUUGUAAAGAAACAAAUAUAUAUUGUUGAAUUGAUUAUUUAUUUACCGUUGAACUCUACUUUUAUAUGAAGGUACUAGUUUUUUGAAAAAUAAUAAUAAUAAUAAUUAAAUGAAUGUGAUUUAAUUAGUAAGUCAUACAAUGGUAAUUUUGCACGGUGAUGACGUCGCUUUUAGGGAUUUGAUGUGUUUGUAAUUAAUAUGAAUUUGAUCAUUGAAGGUCGAUGUAAAACGAAUUCACCGUGCAUGUACCGUAGUCGCCUUUAUCUGAGUACAACUUUUUACUUAUAUGUCUAAAUGGUUGAUUGUAAACGUAAAUAACGGUUAAGUAGAUGUACGACCUCGCCUUUAUAAUUAUUAUUGAAUUGAGAAUGACUACUGGCGACGUUAUCGAUUUGAUCACGAGACGUGAUACAAAUGGGAACUGAAUAAUGUCGUGAGGGUAGUUUCAUGUCGUGUUACUUCGAAAAUAGGUUAUGCGUGCGAGACGCUUCAUUCUAAUUUUACACAAGCAAUCGUCUAUCACUGGUUUAACCUUAAGUAUUUAUUCAUGAUUUUGACAUAAUAAUUGAAUAUUAUUGAAAGAAAUGAAGCGAUUGAAUAAUUGCGAAACUUAAAAAAAAAUGUCUAAAGUGCGGUCUGAUUACGGGAGAUUUUCGUAAAAAUAAUGUCACCACACUACGCGCUAUAUUAAAAUUGGAACUAAUGAAAAUUAGCUUUGCCCUGUGUUAGAUGAGUUAAUUUUUUCGCACCAAAGAUUAUAGGAAUAGAUAUAUACAUUAAGUAAGUUAAUUACGUUGUGAUUAGUACUAUUUAUCGAUUAAUAAUGUCAGCUCUUAUUUAUUUCUAGCCACACGAACACCGAUGCGACGUAGGCGAUUUAUGUAUUUCAAUGCCUUUAUUACCACCGUGAAUUUUUAAAAACUUUAAAUACGUUAUACGGCUAUAUUAUAAGGUAUUACAAAUGAAAACAUAUCACCGUUUUGUAUUUGUUGUAACGAUUUAAUAAUUAGGAUCAUUGCAUGAAAUAUUAGGUAUAAACGUAUAGUAUGAUGUGAUUAACAGUAAUAUUUUGUGGUAUAGAAAGGAAUUUGUCGUGCUUGCUCACACUUUAGAAGUAUAAUAGCACGCUUUUUUUUUGUAGCUUGCUAUUGUUGUAAUAAAUAAGACUACGGAACUAUUCACGCGAUUCAAAUAUUUAAAUUGUUAAAUAUGCAUCAAGCCUGGUGCUAAUGUGAAAUGGGAUGAGCGGCGUUGUACCGUAGUUUGAGUUUUCAUGCUUAAAUUUGUAAUGUGACGUAAUAGUACAAAUUCGUGUAUUACGUAUAAGAAUGAACGCAGUGCACUUAGUAUUCUAUGUUUAACGGUUUAAAUUAUAUUCUGCUCUCUUUACAAUUAUUGUCUAAAUGGACCAAUUAACGAAAACACCACUGUUUGUUGUGAAGUUCCAAGUGAGUUUAUAUAUGAACGUGUAAAUUAGCUAAAAUGUACAUAUGAAUUUGUGUAUAUAAUUGUAUAAGUAAAUUAUGAAAUUCUUGCCAAAUAUUAACAAGAAAUUUGGUGUAACGUAAAUGUUGUUAUAGAAUUCUCGAAGCACUUAAACGUUAGUUGUUUCUCUACAAGAAUUUAACGAAGUCCUUAUUCGAUUCAUGAGGGCAGUAUAUAGUAUCAAUAAGUUUGUUUUCAAGAUAUAACAAAAAAGAUCCAGUAAAAAAUAACGCAAUACAGGAAUAUAUUGCAAAAUAUUGUGUUUUGACGACAGAAAAGUAUAAAACAAAACAGUUUGGCCACGAAAUUGGCAAAACAGUUUGGCCACGAAAUUGGCAAAACUCUACCUAUCCAAUAUUGCUCAUAGUGUCCAUUCGGAUAAGUGCUUAUAUUAUAAGAUGAUUUAGCGCCGGUGUGCAGAUCUAUGUAUAGGAUUGAUCGAAUCAUAGUCCACACUGAGAAAAAAAAAAUUGAAGUUUUUUUUUGAUAGUUCUGAUACAUGAAGCAGUACGUACGUUGGCGUUUUAUGAGUCACACAGAAAAAAUCAAGAAAUGUUGCUAUGCGAUCCGGACGACUCCGUGGAGUUUUAUGUCGCAUUGCAAAAUUGCUAAUCGAUAAUAUAAUCGGAAGUGUCUCAUUUUUCAAACCAAAUCCCAAAAUUCACCACAAACGUAGUUUUUAUGUGUGACGUCAUUUGGGGCCAAACACGACAAGCAAGCCGUACUGCAUACGUCAUUACAUCAUCAGCAACCUACGAAAAGCGUUAUUGGCGUUAGUUAGCAUAUUAUAUGCACUAUAAAUAGUAUACGAUCUAACAUUAUUUUAUUCGUCAUUUUGUAAUAUGUACAAAAAUGUUAUGAAAUUUAUACAAUACAAAAAUAUCUUUUUCAAGUUCAAAGUUAAAGACGUGAAACCAAAAUUCAUGCAAUUUUUUAUUACAUUUUACGCUGUUAAAUAACCCGCACACCAGGAUUUAUGGUCUCUACUAUAUAAUAGACAUGCAAAUUUUUUGGGAAUGUCGAAAUUUCGUACGGAAAUAAAAAUAUUGACUAACCCUUACCAUACAAACUGACCAUCAAAAUUAGGUAUAUUACGGAAUAGUUUGUGGAGUUAAUAAUCAUUAACAUCUAAAUAAACAAGAAAGUUUUGAAAGAAAAAGAAAAAAAACAACGAACAUAAUUAUUGUUAUUGGAUUGGUAUAACGCCAAUCCAUAUAAUUCGUGCAACGAAAUUGUGCAAAUUCGACGUAAGUUUUUUAAAUGAAUAUGAAUAUUAAUUGUAAAAUAAAUUAAUAUUGUAGAAAGGAAUCUUAGAUGUAUUAUUGGUGUGACCAUAUAUUGGUUCGACGAUUAUCUUCGGCUAUUUUUUACACCGAUAAACUCACGGCCUUAAUCGUUUAUUAGACAAUACAAAUAAAACAGAGCCGUAAUUAGACGCGUUUGGUGAAUUUUCAAUAUAUUUCUUCGCAUUAGAAAUAGACAGAGGCAUUAGUACAGAGAUGUGCAGGCUCACAACUUAUCAUAGGUAAACAAAUAUAUCAAUGUCUUGGGUUUCAUUUUUAUUACACUAUGUAUUUUUAUUGCCGUUUUUGAAUGUCAGAGGUAUUUUCUUAGAUCAUUUAUACCUACCUCAGAAUCUUAUUACGGUAAAGUCGCCUUCUAGUACACCGAGUAUACAGCUUAUUUAGUACAGUAUACUGGGUGCUAGGAGACCGCUGCGGAAAACAAAGACAGAUGAUAGUACUAAUGGCACUUUCGAUGAUGGGACGAAAAAAAAUCGAUCCUGAUUUAAAAAAAAAAACAUAUUUUAAAACGAUUUAUUAGUAUUAUUUACGCUUCAUCAUGUUAGUACAGCUAAAUGAAACGAUAGUGUUAUAAAAAAAACACGUGUGGCACUCGGAGACGGCCGCGGUAAAGCUAUUGCAUAGCAUUUUUUAUCAACUUAUGCAAUUAUAAAUCGACAAUAAUAAUUUAAUAUUAAAACAACAAUAAAAUAAGAUCACGCUAUAUUUAUAAACAUUAACAAAAGCAAAACAUUAACUGUCCCCUUCACACUCAUAACCUUGACCGCGCGAGGGAGAGAUGGGCAGACCUUUUAUGAUGUGCAUGCGGCAAUGCGACGUCACGCCACGCGCUUAUUCACAAACACUACACAAGCGCAACGUGUGAAUGUGUUGAACGCGACCUACAUAGUAGGCGUAGUGGGGGUGUCAGGUUAUUUUCGUUACGGAAUUUCUUGAUUCAGUCGCAGCGCUCAAGGCCCGCGAUAAAAGCUAUGCAAUAGCUUAAAAAUACAUUACUGAAAAAAAAAACCAGCAAUGAAAAACAAAAUCAAAAACAGCUUAUGCUCGGAUCGACGAACGCUCGGAAGCGGCGUUUCUUUUACACGCACAAAGGCACGGUGCGGCGCUGAUACCGCGCUCCCCAAAAUUUACAAAUUGUAGGUACAAAAUUUUCGUUUUCGGAAGCGGUCUCCUAAUACCCAGUGUAAAAUGGUAAGCUGAACUAAACCUGACCAAAUGAAUGAUCACACUUUUAUACAUAGCGUAAUAACAGUUAUAGUGUAACGAAACGUGCGUGACCCGGUUUUGUCAUUUCAAAUUCACAUUCAGGGGUUAGAGCCGGAUUAUUGACAUUAAUUAAUGACAUUGUUGACGGGAAGAUAUUGAAGCUCGUCUUACAAACGUGAGCACAUAGAAAAAUAAAACAGUAAAUGCAUUUAGAUGACCAAAGACGUAGUGGGGCAUUUUAGGAGCUUAGAUCUGUGUAGUUACAGUGGAAUAGAUAUAGUUACAGUGUUGUAUGAAAAUUAUUAACUUCGUAUAGUUCGAAUAAUAAUAUUUAUAAUAUAUAUUUUCUUAUCCAUCUUGUUAUGAUCCUUCCGUUACGUACAAAAUAAAAAUAACCCGAGAAAACUCACGAGUUUCUUGUAUUUGAUACAAUACAAAUGUCAAUUUAAGCGCAUUCCCAUUUUCAUGUAAGAAAUACUUACACUGUAGUAGAAUAUUUUUGUAAUUGACUUACAAACACACUGACUUCGCUUUAUAUGUAAACAAUAGUGUAACUUAUAAUAAAGUUGUGAAAAUUUGCUGAGUGAAUAGUAAACACAUAAUAUUUAAUCUGUAGGUUAAUAUUGUAUCUUUAUGUCGUAUUAAUAUUAAGCAUGAUAAAUAUUAGGAUGGUACAAUUGUCUUAAAAUGUAAUCGCUUUUUAAUUCACGUUUAGCACCAGGCUUUGAAAAUUUUCUAUGAUUACAUCGAACUUUUAGCCUUCGCGUUUGUACUCUUAAUUUUCAGGAAUUGAUUUGUUUUAAACACGGUUUUGGCGUGGCUUUACAAGGGUUCAACUUUAAUUUUAGCAGUUGAACGCGCACAUGAGUACAAAUAGAAUUCUUGCCAGUAUACAUAACAAUACAUAUAUAAUGCUAUAAUAUAAUAAAUACUCUGUAGAAAUAACGAGAUACAUACAGAUUUUUUGCGGCAAUGAGGUUCAUUAUAAUGAUUGAUGUACUACUACUACCUAUGUAAUGAUUGUUGAAACUAAUAACAUAAUUAAACAUUAGUCGCAAACAUACCCAUAAACAAUUAAUCUAUAAGAUUGUGCUAUUUCUAAAACACAACUGAAUAGAUGAAAUCAGAAGGAUCAAAAGUCCGUCCUGAAAGAGAAAACGUCAGCAGGAGUAAGUUAAAAGAAAAUAACACCGCCGUAGUACGCUGACUCUAAGCAAACCGUAAAGGUUAUCAAAUUAAUCACAUAACAUAUUUCAUUUUAUAAAAUACUUAUCAUGGAAUGCAUAUCACUGAAAUAAUUAAGAGCAUCACAUUGAACUAUCACCGCACUGUUCGGUUUUUUAUUUGCAUUUUACAUUAGCGUGACAUACCUUAUUACCACAGAAAAUCUCUAUGUACCUACAUUUACAUAUAAAUCGUGUUACUCGUCUAGUUAAUAUACGUUAGUGUAUGUGUAGCAUUAAUUCUAGUAAAUAUUAUAUUAAAAAAAAAUGACUGUGAAAUAAUUGUAGCGUUGAUGUUUCGUAUUUAUUGUAUCGUUUGUAACGUUUUAAUGUUAUGUUUUCAAAUAUGUACGGUGAAAUGAGAUUUCUCCUAUCACUUUUAUAUAUAUAUAUAUAUAUAGAUGUUUUAGAAGUGGCUGUGGACUGACGUUAUCGUUACUGCGUACAUGUUAUACGUUUUAGUUGAAAUUGUACACCGUACGAUUACGUUACGUAACGUAAUCUUUGUCAGGAUAAUAAAUAUUUCACGUUCUAAACAACAAGCACGCAAAUAUUCAUUUUAUAAAAAUAUUUUAAAAAUAUAAAAUGUACUCCUGCAAAUAUUGAGAGCUCCGAAAAAAAAUAAACGUUAAGUCACAAUAACGAAAGCAACAAAUAUAUAGUUACAAUAAAUCAUCACACAACAAACAAAACAGUUUAAUUAAAAUAUAUGUAUGUAGUAAAUGUACUUAUUAAUAAUGUGUUACGUGACAAAAUUUCAUCUCUUAUAAAAAAAGUAAUGUAAAUCAUAAAGAUAUGUUAUACUAUUUCCGUAAUCGAAACAAGUACAUAACAUUACUUGUAGUUACAUUUUAAGUGUGCUCUUAGAAUUUAUUUUAUCAUAUAAAUGUCGUGUGUUGUUACACUGCGAGUGUAUUUCAUUAUUGUCAUUGUAUCGUCUAUCUAGUUAAUUAUUUCUUCUAAUAUGCGACAUAUAUUUCAAUAAAAUAACAAAUAUAUUCAAUAAAACUGUUACAAUCACCUACUUACUGUACUUAUGAACUGUGCUUAUGAAAAAUAAAAUAAUAAUUCUAUGUAUAAAACCACAAUAUUUACUACACAACACAUCACUAUUUAUUUCCCCGAGUGCGAGUUUAUUCAGAAGAUCUAGUAAACGUUAGCUAUAUUUAAAAUGAGUUAAUGCAUUUUUUAACAAAUGCGGGCAAGUUUAAUAAUUUACAUAGAAAUGAAAAAGUUGAAAGUAAAUGCAGUGUUGAGAUGCAAAUAUGAAUGAGGGAGCGACUUUUGGUAAGUCAAAUGGACGUAGGUACACGGCCAAGCAUAAGUGAUUUAACCAUUUUAGCAAUUUAAAUUAGUGGAUUGAAAAAUAGUACCAUAUAACAUUAACUUUCAAAAAAAACGAAAAUCAAUGCUUAAUGUACCUACAGCAAAAUAAUUUUAAAUUAUUAUAUAAACAUGUUAUUAAAAACGUUAUACAUCCGUGCGCUAAGUAAGACACAUCCGUAUAGAUCGAUAUCUAAUAUGCCUCGGUAUUCCGACGCUCCUCACUUUACACGCUUUCAUAGAGUCGACUUAUCGACGGUUCACGCUCAAAGGACUAAUACCGAGCGCGCCUGAAAACACGUGCGUGCGUGUGCGCCGCGCCCCGCGUUUCAAUGUUUACUAUUGACAUACAUUACAGAGAGAUUAGUGAAAAUGAAUAAAUAAAUAAACCGGAAACGUACCCUACACUUUUUAAAUCAGCUGAAAACACUGCAAUUUAACACCUUAGCCAGGGAACGGUAAAGUCGAUAUACGAUCUUUAAAGUCGUUUACAUUUUGGGUAAAUUCGCACUAGGCUACACAGCCAGUAACGGAAUUGUUAAAAAAGGUAGAAGUAUGUCCUAUGAGCAAUAUCGCCAUCAUCAAUGCUAAAUUGAAGGGUUUGAAAACACUAGUGAAAUACUAGUAUUCCUGCUGUCACUGCUGCUUGAACAUCAAAUUUUUCGUAACGAAAAACCAAUUGCUUAGAUCUGUAGUGUAGUAGAUUUUGGCAGAUGUACCCAAACAUGACUCGAGAACAAAAUGUUGUUUCCGUGAAUAUUUGGAUUAUUCAUUAUGCAAAUAUUAUUAUUAUUAUUAUGCAACCUUUUCAUUAUUUUUGGUUCAAAUAAACUUCUAUUAGGAUAUGUACUUAUUUACCAUCGUUAAAUAUGUAAAGUAUGUACCUACUUGUUAUAAACAUUACAAUUACUUAAUGCAUGUAAUGCACUUUUUUAAUAACACUUGAUUUUAUUUGGGUGAUUGUGUUUUACAAAAUUGAACGGAGAAAUAAAUAGAAAUAAAAUACAAA